AUGCUCGCUUCACUCUCCUCAGGAGGACGCAGUCCUCAUGCAGGGCAGUUGGAGAAGGGCAGCGGGAGUGCGUGCAAGAGCUCCGCGGAGAUCGGCGGAGGCCCGCGCGCGCUCCCCUCGCUCUCUCCCGCGCCCGACGCUGCAGCGCCGGCGCUGCCGGGUGCUUUGCCCUCGCCGGUCUCCUCUCCUCUCACCUCCUCCACAGGCGCCGCCAGCGGCGGAACCGAGUCGAGUCCCUCGGCGCCUGCGACGGCGCCAGGCGCCUCGUCCGCUGUCGGCACGCCUGAGUCCGCGCCGCCGACUGCCCGAGGGUCGAUCGCCCCGCAGGGGGCCCCCGCGCGCGCGGGGGCAGAGCCGCGGGCUUCCGAGCCGCGGCCUGCCUCUGAGCAGCAGCCUGCCACCUCCUCGGAGCUGUUGGUGGCGGGAACGCCCUGCGACGUCGGCGCCGAGACGGCGGGCGUGCGGCUCGAGCGGGAGGGCGCCUUGGCGGCUGCCUUCGCUCAGAAGGCCGACAGCGAACCGCGCGCGGUGCGGGCUGCGCCCGUCGACCCCAAGGGCGCCCCUGACCAAGGCAGUGCUCCGGCAGACGACGAGGCGGACAUCGGCGUCGGCUCUUACGACUUGCGCGAGGACAGCGACGAAGUGGAGCUGAUGCACUAUCUCGCCGAAGGCGGUCGGAAGCCGCGCAUGCUCUUCAUCUUCAUCAACCCGACAAGUGGAGGCAACAAAGCCGCCGCAUUCACAGAGUCUGGCGUGUGUCGCCUCACGAUGACUACCCCGUUUUCGUGCAACAUUUACAUUUUCGAUAUCCGCGAAGGCACGCCGGGGAACAAGCCGGGUUUUCGGCUGCUCAAGGCGGCUACGGAGCUCGCGGCGAUGUCGGCGCAGCCUAGUCCCCAGCGCUCAAUGGAGGAGCUGCGCAACAAGUCGAAUGCGGCGUCCUCUGCGGCUCCGUCGAUCGAGUCCGCCUCCUCCCCGCCGCCGCCGCCCUUUCUGUCGAUGCGCGCGACAGCCCGCGACCGCGCCAGCGACGACCUCGUCGCCCAGGGCGACGCGCACGAGAAUGAGACGAAAAACGAAGGCGAAACUGGGGACGCCGGAGGCGGCGACGAGGCUGCGGCCGCGGGCGCUACGGCCCCGGGCGAGCCGCGCGGAGGAGAGACCUCCGGCGCGGAGGACUUCCCCGAAGAGGACGUCAUUCGCGUCCUCGUCGCCGGAGGAGAUGGAACUGUCAUGUGGUGUGCGGCUGAGGCUGAGGCGCACCAUAUCGACCCCAUGAAGAUUGCCUUCGGAGUGAUUCCCUAUGGAACAGGAAAUGACUUUGCGAACGCCUUCGGGUGGAAGCAGCGACGGGGCUUGCGGCCGUUCGACGCGGCGAUGAAAACGAUGAGGGCUCUUCUCGCCGAGUGGGAUCAGGCGCGCGUCGUCCAGCACGACUUGUGGAGCGUCAAGGUCGCUUUGAAGGGCAACGGCGAAUUCACGAAGAUCAACUCAGAAACUCGCAAGAAGCAAGUCAUCCACGACGAGUUGGGCAGGCGGAUGGAGUCGAUGGCGUUCGUGAUGAGCAACUACUUCAGCAUGGGCGUCGAGAGCCGCAUCGGGCGCGGCUUCGAUCGCCACCGCACGCAGUCGCAGUUCCUCAACAAAGUGACUUACGGCAUCGAAGGGGUGAAGAAGGCUUGGUUUAAACGGACGCUGGCGAUCGACCGCAUCAUCGACGCGCUGAUUGACCGACCGGGCGAACCCGACGAGCAGGUUGUGUUCAGGACGCGCGACAGCUCAAUGACGAAGGGACCGAUCCUCAAAAAAUCGGUGUCGCUGGUUGCGUUGAAUAUCCCGAGCUUCAGCGCGGGCAACGACAUCUGGGGGACUUCGCAAAAUGUGGGCAUCCUCGCCAAGUCGCCGACCCUCAAGCGCGAAGUUAGGAAGAUCGUGCAGGAGAAGCAGAAGACGGGGGAUCGCGAACUGGAGUUCCUGAGUUUCCCUUCUAUCACGUCACUGGGCAUCGAAUUCGCUUGCCACGGGCAGGCGCGACGCGUCAAUCAAGGCAAGGGGCCGUGGAAGUUCAUCUUCAAGGAGCUUCCGACGAAGGCCAAAGUCUAUUUCCAGGUUGACGGCGAGUUCUUCCAGAUGACGCAUCCGGACUACGUGACCAUUGAGCACAACCGCACCGUUCGCGUUCUCGCGGCUCCGCCCGACAAGCGUUCGCGUGUGUAG